GCAGGACACAGGAAAACUUCCAGUAACAGUAUAUCCUCCUGCAAGUUGGUUUAGGCUUAACUCACAAGGGCUUUCUAACUGAGCUACCCAUAAAUGGGUCAAGCUGCCUUAAGUAAUAAGCAAGGCUCUGGCUUCAAUAGAUGCUGGGCGAUAGGUUGCUGGGUGGGUGAGACUUGUCCCCACGGGGCUCAGGGAGUUGAACUAGACAAUUCUAAGUCUCUUGUAGGAAGAAAACUGAGAGACUGUUUGUUACACAGCAAGGGGUUAAGCUGAGCAGGGAAAGGUACUCAGUGGUAAGAUGAGAGGAACAGCACUCUCAGGGAGGAGGCAGCAUGAGCAAAAUUCCCAAGGUGGUUAGUGUGUGUGUGUGUGUGUGUGUGUGUGUGUGUGUGUGUGUGUGUGUGGAAGGGGGUGUCUGUUGGGCUGGCCAGAAGGGGAUUGAGUGUGAAUGCUGAGGAGGAGAGUUAGGCUGGACAAGGAUACAGGACCAGAUAGAGGAGAGCUCCCACAGGGCCCGAGAACACCUGCCAGCACUUGCCGAAGGAAGGAAACAAAUAAAAGAGAUUGUAGGAGUCAAAGGAAGUGCUCACUACUUGGUUCCUUUGAGCCAGUUUUCUCCUGACAACUUGAGCCAAGAUUUGUAGAGGGCAGGCACGCCCAAUGCUCUGUGUGUUCUCUGUCCCAAUCGGCACUGGACAAGGUGCCCAGCGGUGUUUCCUUAAUCACCAACUGAGUGGUUAGCUCCUUGAGAGUGCCAGGGCCCUUCCUGGGGGCUUGCUCUACUGGCUCACUGCAAGGAUGAGGGCAGACAACUCUCCUGGUGGCCCAGUCUUUGGUAGGAGCAGUAGAGAAUUGUUUAUGAGAUGACACUGCAUGGGCUCCUCCCUUCCAUUAUCAGGACUACUCCACAAACAUGGCCCCUGGAAUGCCCAAUGGACAGAACCCGGUGACCUUUCCUUUAGAGAACAAUGAGGCCUGGGCCUUCUGAGGACUCCUAUUGGUGGAGGGAUGUGAAUUUCCUCUCCCCAGAGCAACAGGCUGGGUGCCAAGGCUGACUGACCUCCAUGGAUUCUCAAAAGGAGGACCUGAGCCUCCCUGGCAUGUGGAUCUCCUUGUGCGUUGGAUUCCUGGGGCUGUGUUCCUCGCUAAUAGGCAGCUGCAUUCUCUUUCUGCACUGGAAGAAGAACUUGCAGAGAGAAGAACAUGCCCAGCAGUGGGUGGAAGUGAUGAGAGCUGCCAUGUUCGCCUACAGCCCACUGCUGUACUGGAUAAACAAGCGGUGUCAUCACGGCAUGAAUGCAGCCAUUAACACUGGCCCUCCCCGUGCUGUCACCAAGACGGAGACCCAAGUUCAGAAUCCAGAUUCUCUGUGGGAGCUGAAUAUCACAGAAGGCAGGAACUAUGUUGUGCGAGACAGCAGUCCCAGGGGUGAAGCUUCCGGUCCCUUGAAACAUGUUCUGGUGGUCCCCAAACAGCCCCUGUCUUCAACAAUGCCACAGCCUUGGACUGACUCCUCACCCCCAGUUCCCAUUUUUCAGGAGGUGCCCUUUACCUUGUCCCUCUGCAACCUACCUCCCAUGCUGAACCACUCUGUCUCCUACCCUUUGGCCAACUGCCCUGAAAAGAACGUUCAUUUCUCUUCCCUCCCCAAACUGGCCCAUGGAACAAACUGCUUUAAUGCCAAGCCCUUUGCUUCAGAACUGUAGUCUCCUCUCAUUGAGCGGGGGAGCUGCAGGUACCAAGGCUCCUUUUGGUGGAAAACAGAGAUACCCUCAAGGAGUUGGUUAUUGACAAGGAGGUUAGAGCCAUCUGGACAUUAUAUCAUGAAAGAUUAAAAAAAAAGGGGGUUCAAGUCUCUCUUCUGUCUCAUCUGUUCCUAGAAGGGCAAUGUCUUGAGCAUGUGACUGUAGCACUUUGCAAAUCAAUCUGGUCACGAGUUUCACCGUUGCAUGUUCCGGGACCUGGAGUUUAGCUUUUGGGAGACUGGACUCAAUAUUCCUCCAUCCAGUAUUCAAGCCCAAAUGAGUGCCAGGCUCUGACUUAGGCCUCCAGGCACUGCUGUUCAUGGGAAGCACAGCUGCCACAAGAGGACAGUUGUUGAGGGCUGUGGUGACCCACACUGGCUGUGUCAUAGGCCUAACAAAUGCCACUACAGUAUAGAUGGACUGUUAUUUGCCAUGUAUUGAUUCUUAGCUGGCUGUCUUUGUCCUUUAUUUCUAAUAUUCCCAAGAACAAUGCCAAAUGGCUGUUCUUCUGAACCUCCUGUUAGAGAUGCAGACUCAGGUUCUCAGGGCAUAUGCCUUCCAUGUUACAUGGCCAGCUCUCCAGUUCACAUUUUCCUGGCAUCUAACUUCCUAGUAUUUCUACUGUACCCCACGGUAUAUUU